ACCAGAAAACAUUUCCACAUUGGUGGUUUGCCAAAACAUGAUGCCUGGAGUUUGUUUAAGAAGGUGGCAGGAGAUUCCAUUGAAUCCGAUCUCAAGCUGCGUCCAAUAGCAGAACAAGUUCUUGCUGAAUGUGAUGGUUUACCAGUUGCAAUUUCUACAGUUGGAGGGGCACUACAAGGUAAAAUCAUUUCAAUAUGGAAUGAUGCACUGAGACAACUAAAACAGGCUUGCCCAGAAGACGUGCCAGGAGUGAUAAAGCAUGUGUAUGGGAGAAUAGUGUUCAGCUACGAAUGUCUACCAAGCGAGCAAGCCAAGUCAUGUUUUUUGCUAUGUUGUCUAUUUCCAGAAAGUGAAGAUUUUGAAAUUGAAGAGUUGGUUAGAAUUGCGAUUGGGCUUGGGCUUUUGAAACGCAUUGAUUCAAUAUCUCAAGAGGUCUUGUGGUAGUUUGAGAUACCUGCUCUCUCCUUCGAUUACUAGAGGUCUUGUCAAGCUCCAAACACUAGCGAUAGAGGAUUGCCAGAAGAUGGAAGCAAUAGUCGCAGCAGAUGAGGGUGAAGAAACAGAGAAUGAAAGCAUGCUCCCUCGGCUAAAUUAUUUGUAUCUCGAGAAUCUACCAAAUCUAGGAAGCUUUUCGCAAGGCAGAUAUACUUUUGAUUGGCCACUAGUGACACGGAUCCGUAUUACCGAGUGCAACAAAAUGAACAAAUUUUGUUCAGGAUCCCUCCGCAUAUCCAGGGCAGUGGUCAUAUUUGUCCAGAAUUCUGGUGAGAGUCUAGAGCGUGAGCUCAAGGAUAGCAGGAAAACAGGCUGACCAGAGUAGCUUGGUACAGGUCAAUUUCUCAAGUGAUUAUAUACUGAGGGAGCAGUGUAAGGAUCCUUGGAAUGAGGUCAGAAUUGGGAAGCUGCUUGAAGACCUUGAUGCUUUAGCUGGUACCAUCUCUGUCAAGCACUGCUAUGCUGUUGAUACCACAACAAGGCCGCUCUUACUGGUCACUGCAUCUGUUGACAAAAUUGUCCUGAAGAAGCCAAUUAGUGUUGACAUUGACCUGGAAAUUGUUGGUGCUGUCAUUUGGGUGGGGCGGUCAUCUAUUGAGAUCCAACUAGAAGUUACUCAAUCCACAAAAGUUUGCAGGAAAUGCAUACUCGAGAAGCUGUCGGACAAGGAGGGAGAUUGUUCUCCAGUAUGCGAAAUCGAUUUGGGAUGUAUGGCGGUCAAAAAACUUAGGAUUCUUCCAUGCCUGAGAAUUCCUAUGAGCAGAAGCCUAAGAAAGAUGAUGUUGAAGUAAUGGAAGGCAAAGCUGAUCUGUGGACACCCUUAAACUGUCUUGUAGAGGCUGCUAACCGAACCAAGUCCUCUAAGUUAAAUCCCCAAGGGCAGUUGCCUGCCAAAUCAGAGCCACUCAAUGCCCUUGAUAGUAUUUCUGAACUUUAUAUGCCUGAAAGUAACACAGACAUAGAAUUGCCAGAUGCUCUAGAAAGUCAUUUACAUGUCCCUAAGGUCAAAAUCAAGGAGCCUGAGAACAGUACUAGAGGAAAAAAGAACAUUAAUGCGGCAGCAGUCACAGGAUCCAUGAAACGGAAGAGGUUUCAUGCAGGUAAUCGUAAUAGGGGAGCUCCAUCGGGGGAGUCAGGUGAUUCAACUCAAGAUGUACGUGGGGCUAAGCAUAGCAGAAGAAAUAAUCCUAUUUGGUUCUUGUUGGUUGCAGCUGAAAACUGGAAAGGAGAGGCCUCCUUGCCCCAGAUAUCAUCAUGUUACCUGAGAAUAAAGGAUGGUAAAAUGCCUGUAACAUUUAUUCAGAUGUACCUUGUGAUGAAGAAACUUGAACUUACCAGUAAAGCUGAGGUUAUCUUUCCAGUAUUGAGAAUCCUAUCCAUUGAACGCCUGGGCGAGUUGAAAAAGAUAUGGAAUGGCCAACUUUCACCCACCUCCUUCUCUAAAUUAGAAAGACUCACUGUCUCGGGAUGUGACAAACUACUGCAUUUGGUACCGACACAAAUGCAAAAUAGAUUGCAGACAUUGGAGUCCAUACGAGUAGAGGAAUGUUCUUCACUGGAAGGGAUUUUUGAAGUGAGCAGAUUGACCGUCAAUGAAAGGAAUGCUUCAGUUUCUCGGUUGAGAUACCUGCUCUCUCCUUCGAUUGCUAGAGGUCUUGUCAAGCUCCAAAUACUAGAGAUAAAGGAUUGCCAGAAGAUGGAAGCAAUAGUCACAGCAGAUGAAGGUGAAGAAACUGAGAAUGAAAGCAUGCUCCCUCGGCUAAAUUUUUUGGAUCUUCGGAAUCUACCAAAUCUUGGAAGCUUUUCGCAAGGCAGAUAUACUUUUGAUUGGCCACUAAGCGUGAGCUCAAGGAUAGCAGGAAAACAGGCUGACCAGAGUAGCUUGGUACAGGUCAAUUUCUCAAGUGAUUAUAUACUGAGGGAGCAGUAUAAGGACCCUUGGAAUGAGGUCAGAAUUGGGAAGCUGCUUGAAGACCUUGAUGCUUUGGCUGGUACCAUUUCUGUCAAGCACUGCUAUGCUGUUGAUACCACAACAAGGCCACUCUUACUGGUCACUGCAUCUGUUGACAAAAUUGUCCUGAAGAAGCCAAUUAGUGUUGACAUUGACCUGAAAAUUGUUGGUGCUGUCAUUUGGGUGGGGCGGUCAUCUAUUGAGAUCCAACUAGAAGUUACUCAAUCCACAAAAGGCUGUGGCACUUCGGACUCAUUAGCCCUUUCAGCCAACUUCAUAUUUGUGGCUCGUGACUCUAAGACUGGGAAGGCUGCUCCAGUUAACAGGCUCUUACCAGAAACUGAAAGAGAACAAUUUCUUUUCAAGGAAGCAGAAGCCAGAAAUAAUCUGAGGAAAAGAACGAGAGGAGGACAAAAAAGAGAGUUUGAGAAUGGAGAAGUAAAUAGACUUGAAAGCCUGUUGGCUGAGGGAAGGAUAUUCUGUUUUGUGGAUGUGAAGAGUCACAGUUCGCAGAAUUUCAGACACUGCAAGCACUUGGCCCUCUGCAUUUUAUUGAGGAGCAAGAUUGGAGAAGAAGAUGCUUUGUAA